ACGACCUGCAAGAGCGGAGCUCUAACCCCCGCCCCGAGUCAACGCUUCUUCUAUUCUUUUCCAUCCUAGUCUUCUUCUUCCUUGUAGCAAGCAAAGGAGUAGCAGAAAGGGAACUAGGGAAGGGAAUCCCUCCUAAUGGCGGCUGUGGAUCUGUCGAAGCUGGUGGAGGAGAAGCGCUUCUGGGUGGCCUCCUUCCUCGCCGCCGCCCUCCUCUUCACCCUUUCCCGCUACGCCGCGGCCCCUUCCUCUUCCCCACCCCCAUCCCCGAGCUACGGGCAUCGCCUCAACGCCCUGGUCGACCUCACGCUCGUCUACGACAGGGGCGCAGUGUGCUUGGAUGGGACGCCGCCGGGCUACCACUUCCUCCCAGGAUUCGGGGACGGAUCACACAACUGGCUCCUUCACUUGGAGGGCGGCAGCUGGUGCCGCAACUUCAAAUCCUGCGCUCAGCGUAAGCAAACUAAUCUCGGCUCCUCUGACCACAUGGAUACUCGCGCCGAAUUCGUCGGCAUCCUCAGUGAUGACCAAUCUCAGAAUCCAGAUUUUUACAAUUGGAACAAAGUCAAAAUAAGAUACUGCGAUGGUGCAUCAUUCUCUGGAAAUGUCCAACACGAAGUCAAGAAUGGCACAGAUUUCUUCUUCAGAGGCCAGCGUAUCUGGGAAGCAGUUAUGGCCGACCUUCUGUCAAAGGGCCUAUCCAGGGCUAAACAGGCUUUUCUUACUGGAUGUUCAGCUGGUGGCCUCUCUACAUACAUUCACUGUGAUGAUUUCCGGGCACUUCUACCAAAGACGCGUACUGUCAAAUGCCUCGCAGAUGGUGGAUUUUUUCUUGACGUAGAAGACAUUUCUGGAAGAAGGUAUAUGCGGGCCUUCUAUAACGAUGUUGCUCGGCUGCAGGAUGUGCGUAAAAAGUUCCCUCAUUGCAGUUCAGAUAUGGAGCCGGGGCAGUGCUUCUUCCCGCGAGAAGUUGCAAAAAGCAUCAGCACACCAAUGUUUAUACUCAAUCCAGCAUAUGAUGUUUGGCAGGUAGAGCACGUCUUGUCUCCACAAGGUUCUGACCCUCAAAAUUUAUGGCGAAAUUGCAGAAUGGAUAUUACCAAGUGUAGCUCAAAACAGCUUGAAGUUCUACAAGGUUUUAGGAAAGCACUGCUUGAUGCUAUAGAUGAAUUCAAGACUAGAAGAGAGUGGGGUAUGUUCAUUGACUCGUGCUUUAUACACUGUCAGUCAAUGAAAGCUAUUACUUGGCACUCCCCAUUAGCUGCUAGAAUCAACAACAAGACGGCAGCUGAAGCGGUGGGAGAUUGGUUCUUUGAUCGGAGGGAGGUAAAGGAAAUAGAUUGCGAAUAUCCCUGCAACCCGACAUGCUACAAUGCGGUUCUUGAUGAACCCUACAAGGAAGAUUGACUGGAUGGCAGGCCUGUUCGCUUCAGCUUAUAAGCCGACUGAAAAGCUGAAACGGCUGAUUUGUUGUGAGAGGAAAACACUGUUUGGUGGCUGAUAAGCCGGCUGAAUAAACUGAAGCGAACAGGCAUGUCUUAGAGUUUUGGCAUGGAUUGAUAUUUGUUGAGUUAAAUGCGGUCAGAAUCCAGACUUGUACUUGAGACCUGUUAAAAUAUUAGAAGACUUGUAUAGAAUUCUUCCCAUGGAAUUGAUGGGGUCUGCUUUUGGGCUCUUA